GCCGUCGCGGACGAGACAAGAGGCCGCGCGUCUCGCUUAACUUAAAAUAAAAUAAAUUGUAGUGCUUCAAGUUAAUAACAUGGCAGUUCCAGCUAAUAUUCAGGGAGAGGUUCUCUCUUUGAUACAUCAGUUUAUGCUGGGUGUGGAUAAAUCGCUGGCCGCAGAAAUAUUGAAGAAAACUAAAGCGAAACCGCGCGCUAAAAACCUACCAACACUGCUGGACAUAUUCACAGAAUAUAAGAAAAAGGCGCCAGCCGCUAAAAAAGCAGCGGAAAGCUCCUCUGAAGACUCAAGUGAUGAUGAAGCACCAAAGAAACCAGCAGCGAAGCCAGUGUUGAACGGCAAAGCACCCGCUCAAAAGAAGCAGGCAUCCUCAGAUUCAGACAGCUCUGAGGAGGAGCAGAAACCGGCACAGAAACCUAAGGCAGCAGCCACUCCAGCCAAACCUGCAGCCAAGCCUGUGGCUAAGAAAGCAGAAUCAUCAGAUGACAGUGACAGUAGUGAUGAUGCCACAGCACAACCCAAGAAACAACCAGUCAAGCCACAAGUUAACAAUGUAGCUAAACCAGCUGCCAAGAAACAGGAAUCAUCAUCCGAUGACUCAAGUGAUGAAGAUGAGAAGCCUGCACCAAAGGCAGCUCCGGCAAAACCUGCACCUAAACCCACCCCGGCCAAGAAACAAGAGUCUUCUGAUGACAGUGACAGUGAGGAUGAAAAACCUAAACAGGCUGCUAAGGCACCGGCUAAACCUGCAGCAAAAGCACCAGCCAAGAAAGCAGACUCCUCAUCUGAUGAUGACUCAAGCGAUGAUGACAAGCCAAAGCAGGCUGCCAAGACUCCUGUAAAAACACCUGCUAAGGCUCCCGCAGCCAAAAAACCAGCAUCUUCAUCUGAGGAUUCUAGCAGCGAAGAUGAAAAGCCUAAACAAGCAGCAAAGACACCUGUGAAGACCCCAGUUAAACCUGCUGCAGCUAAAAAGGCAGAGUCCUCUUCUGACGAUAGCAGUGAGGAUGAAAAGCCCAAGCAAGCCGCUAAAGCUCCAGUAAAGGCUCCAGCCAAGCCUACACCAGCCAAAAAAGCUGAUUCUUCAUCUGAUGAUAGUAGUGACGAUGAAAAACCCAAGGCGGCUGCUAAAACACCAGUGAAACCUGCACCAGCCAAAAAGGCGGAAUCUUCAUCCGACAGUGACAGUAGCGAAGAUGAGAAACCCAAAGCCAUUCAGAAACCAAAGGCUACACCGGCUAAGCCUGUAGCUAAAGCUGCCAAGAAAGAAUCUUCAUCAGACGAUGAUAGCAGUGAAGACGAAAAGCCAGCUAAGAAGGCUCCAGCUAAACCUGCUGCCCCAGCUAAGAAGGAUUCAUCUGAUUCCGAUAGUGACUCAAGUGAAGAUGAGAAGCCUGCAGCUAAGAAGACACCAGCAAAGGCCCCGGCUAAAAAACAGGAGUCUUCUUCUGAUGAUUCGGAGGAGGAUGAACCGCCUAAGAAGAAGAAGUCUUUCAGUCAGGAUGAAAGCAUGGACACAUCACAACAGGGCAACCGUAAGAGAAAAGCAUCGGGCAGUGAGGCUACUCCAGCAAAGAAGCCUUACAACAAUUUUGUAAAGGGCACAUCAACGAACACAUCCACACCCAGCGAUAAUAACAAUAAACCCACUCCGUUCCGUCGCGUGGUCGAUGAGAAGGUGGAAGUCGACCAUAGGCUUAAGGACAAUUCGUUCGACGCUAAGAGCGGCGCCCGCGGCUCUUGGGGCGAGCGAGCGAACCAGGACCUGAAGCACACGCGCGGGAAGUCCUUCAAGCACGAGAAGACCAAGAAGAAGCGCGGCUCCUACCGCGGCGGCGCCAUCGACACCGGCGUGCACUCCAUCAAGUUUGACGAUUGACCGACCUGACAGUAAUACUGAAAUAUUAUGACCAGUUGCACCAACCACAUUUAGUGAACGCUUUAAUGGUGACAGAAGGUUUGGUGCAACCGGUACAAGUUGCAGUGGCAUAUAAAACAUACAGCGGCAUGAAAAUGUUGAGCAUGACUGAUUGUAACGAGAAAUAAGGUCGAAAAGAGUGUUGACUUUAGGGCCCCCCACAUCUAGCGUUUUUCGAGCGUCGUGGGGGGGGGGGGGCAGCCUUAUAGUCUGAUGUCUCUUAUUUUGUGGAUGCUCAACAUUUUUGUGUUGACUGUAACUAAAUACAUAUGUAUUUUUGGGGUCUGAAAGCUGAACACUUCACAACAUUGUAAAUUUUGACAAAUAUUCAUCAUAAGAUAGAAUUCUGACUAUAGAUGAUUGAUUUCAUCCGUCUAUAGUUUAAAAAGUCUAACGUAAAGCUCAUGCAGUUUUCUUUAAGGUAAAUAGCAACACUUGAUGACUAUGAUAAUGCCAUGAAGUAUUUCGCAGUAUUCAAUGGACAAUUGGACAUACCACAAAUAUUGCAAAUAUAACAUUCUCUUUAUUUAAAUAAUGAAUAGCUCCCCAGUUACAUCUAGUUAUUAUUGAGCCUUCAGUGUUUGAAGUGUAAGUCUUAUUUCUUGAUGCAUUUCCCAUAUUAUAAAGUAAGAAUAUUUUAUCAAUAUUUUAGGUUUUGAGCCUAUCGAUUUUUUAAGGACUAUAAUUUGAUAAAUAUAAAAUUUGACACGCAUUACUUGGGUUACAUUGAGUUACCCCCUUAUUCAUAAACGUUUACUAAAGUUGACAAGCCGAUAAUAAUCGUUAGUCCCUUUCCGGCGUAUUGGUAUGAUGGAAAGGGACAAACGAUUAUUAUCGGCUUGUCAACUUUAGUAAACGUUUAUGAAUAAGGGGGUAAGUCUACAUAAUUAUAUCAAUUGGUAAAUUCAAAAUCAACUUUAUUGUCUGAUUGUUCUUGGAUUACCAUUGUAAGUGUUAAAUUGAUCGUGUGAUGAUGAUAACUUUACAAGGAUCGUAUUUAAUGACCGAAAAGAUUUUUAACUUCGUUUCGUAAAAUAGUUACCAAACUAUGAAUAAAAAAUAGGUAAUAAGCUUUCAAACGGGCUUAUAGAUGUUCAAAUAGUUUACUUUUUAUACAGAUUUAACCUAUUUUUUGAUCAGUGUAAUACAUUCCCGCAUCCAAAAAUCCGGGGUAUUACUUAUAAGGCAGAGGGAAUAUAUUUCCCACAUGAUUAUGAACUUUCUUUCAAAGUUAUAGGGUUCAACUUUGCAUUAUAUCGCAUAAAGGGUUAAAUACAACUUUAAUAAUAAAUACCAUUUUUGAAAGUUAUCACGUUGUCGUGAAUUGUUUUUGUAUAAUAUGAUGGGUUCGAUGUCUUAUUUUUGUUCUAAUAGACUAAUGAAACUUGUAAAUACGUUAUGAUAAGCUAUCGUCGAUUCAAUUUCGAACUUCUCGUAAAUUGUAGGUUAUUAUAGGCAUAAGAUUAAAGUCGUUUUAUCUAGAUACAUAAGCCGCCUCUUAAUAAAAAAGGUUUUGACUAUAAA